CACAGGCUGCAGUUCUCCUUCAGUUCAUCAGUGACUCGCAGGUUUCUCCUCCCAGACACUACUCUACUGUCUAUCCCUGCAGAGUGGAGCUGUGGCAGCCAGGUGGUGGUCAUGGGUCCCGAUGACCUCUUCGUGUCUGUCACCAGUUGCUGUGAUAAGAGCCUACCUGAAGGAGAUAACAGUCACUGUCUGCACGUGUACAUUAGCAUGAUACAUAUGGAGUGGGAAUAGCUUAAGACAAGUCUUACACUUGUUAUUUUCUGAUGUUUCAGCUCACUGAACAGGCCCUUUGGAAGUAGAAUUUUAACCCCUUCAGGCAUUAGUAUGAACUGCCAGAUCCUGGACUUCUCCUGGCCAAAUAAAACCCAGGGACUGCUAAGAUCCAACCUGGUAACAACAUACCACAGUACAUCCCAAACAUUUUACCUUUAGGCUGUAUAAUGUAUUAACAUAACAUUAUACUCUUUCAAUCUGAGCCCCAGCUAGAGAACAGGCCGUUUCGUAGCCGGCCGCGACCGGGAGACCCAUGGGGCGGCGCACAAUUGGCCCAGCGUCGUCCAGGGUAGGGAGGGAAUGGCCGGCAGGGAUGUAGCUCAAUUGGCAGAGCAUGGCGUUUGCAACGCCAGGGUUGUGGGUUUGAUUCCCACGGGGGGCCAGUAUGAAAAAAUAAAUAAAUAAAUAAUGUAUGCACUCACUAACUGUAAGUCGCUCUGGAUAAGAGUGUCUGCUAAAUGACACAAAUGUAAAUGUAAAUGUAGAGAAACAACCAUUUUGUAGAAAUAUCCUAUAUCAACAUUUUUGUUUGCUUGGCAGAGGAACAAGGUCCAGCCAGGCAAGUGGCCUCUAUCAUUUAUUAUGCCCACAAUUGUGAUACCGUCUCUAGGUAAAUGUGGCUCCUAUGUGGCCCUGGGAUCUUCUAAUGGAGAGCACAGCCUCAGUGGUAUCACCCAGGUCUGACAAACGUUUUUUAAAACCCAUACAAUCUUUACAUUUUCAUGCCUGUUGUUGUCUAGAAGCUAAUUUCCUUGUAAUUUCAUUACCUUUCAUUAUGUGCUUUUUGUGUCAUGUAUUGAUUAAUGUUUUAUCAUUCCACAAAAAACUGAAUGAUAGCAUAUCCCUAGGACGACUCCAUCCCCAGCAUCAGCCGAGCAGCCUCCUGGUGGACUGUGAGCAUUUCUGAUGUUUUUCUUUAUCUGCACCUCAUUGUGGGUGGGAAAUCAGCUUUGAAAUGGUUUGAAACCUCAACUCACUUUUUCUUAUUCCCAUCUUCCCAACUGUCUCCCCUCAGCUGAGUUCCUGGAGGAGGAUGUGAAGGUGUUGAAAGGACACCCUGUCCACAGGAUGGGGCUGCUGUCCCUGGUGCAGGAUGCCCAGAGGACCAACGACAUCAUUAGGGGCAUUGUUGACCCUCGUGCUGUGGAUGGCUCUGCC